AUGAUUUUUACAGUGGAGGAGAUCAACAAGGAUCCUACACUCCUCCCUGGAGUAAGUCUGGGUUAUAGGGUGUACAAUGGAUGUGGCACUAUGAACCUGGUUCGAGCAGCUGUGGAAGCGAUAAAUGGAAAUGAUUCAUUGCAGUGUACUGGUCAGACUCUGGCUGUCAUAGGUCAUUCAUCUUCUGGAGUGAGUGAAAUCAUAAGCUCCAUACUCAGCUCUCUAUCUGUACCACAGCUGAGUCCCUUGUCUACUUGUGCAUGUUUGAGUGACAAAACACGAUACCCAACUUUCUUCAGAACUGUGCCAAGUGAGCAUUCCCAAAGCACGGCUCUUGUGCAGCUCAUGGUGUACUUUAACUGGCGCUGGGUGGGGAUUAUUUAUUCUGAGAGCACGUAUGCAGAAGAAAGUACAAGAUCUUUUGUUAAAGAAGCCAACAACAAGGGGAUAUGUGUGGAAUACUGGUUGAUGUACUCUAUAACUUCUCAGGCAAACUUUGAUGUUAUAGCAAAUGCACUUAAGAAGUCCUCAUCAAAAGUGGUGCUGAUGUUUAUGUCCUCGUCUUAUGCAAAAGCAUUUCUGUCAAACAUUGAAUCUUAUAACAUAACUGGAAAGCAGUGGGUUGGCAGUGAGUCUUGGAUCACACAUAAAACCCUUGUUUCUAUUGACCGAAAGCACAUCUUACAUGGUGCAAUAGGCUUUGCCCUUCCUGACACAUCCAUUCCUGGUCUGGGUGAAUUCCUUCUUAACUUGAAACCCUCCAGUGAACCACAAAGUGCUAUAAUUAAAGGUUUCUGGGAGAAAUUAUUUGACUGCAACUUCUCUCCAUCAAAUACCUCCAGUAUGUGCACUGGUGCAGAAGAUCUGCAGACAGUAUUUAGUGACUACACAGAAGUUUCAUGUUUCAGAGAAGAGAACAACAUUUAUAAAGCUGUGUAUUCUGUGGCUGUCGUACUCCAUUCCAUUCUGCAGUGUCAAAAUGACUUAAAUCAUACAACAAAACCUUGUUUGACCAAUAUCCAAUUUCAACCUGAACUUGUGGUGGAACACUUAAAAUAUGUGAACUUCACAACAAAGAAUGGGGCCAAAGUUUUCUUUGAUGAAAACAGGGACUCAGUUGCCCAGUAUGACCUUGUGAACUGGCAAAUUAAGGAAGAUGGUUCAGUUGAAAUAGUACAGAUCGGUCAAUAUGACAAUUCUUUACCUGAGCAGGAGAAAUUAAAAUUAAAGAAAAAUGCCAAGAUUGUUUGGGGGCAUGACAGCAAUGAGGUACCAAGGUCUGUCUGCAGAGAACCAUGUCCACCAGGUACUCGAAAGGCAUUAAACAAGAAUAAGCCUGUAUGUUGCUUUGAUUGUCUUGAGUGCCCCGAAGGAACUAUCAGUAAUGAAACAAAUUCUGCUAACUGUUGCAUUUGUCCUCCUGACUUAUGGCCAAAUGAAAUGAAAAACAGGUGUCUCCCCAAACACAUUGAAUGCCUUUCCUACAAGGAGAUCAUGGGGGCACUUCUUACUGGUUUCAGCACUUUUGGCAUGUUUUUAUCCCUCCUUACAUCAAUAAUAUUUUAUACACAUAAAGAGACACCACUUGUAAGAGCAAACAACUCUGAGUUAAGCUUCUUGCUGCUGUUUUCAUUAAAACUCUGCUUCCUGUGCCCUCUGGCCUUCAUUGCUCGGCCUACUCGAUGGUCCUGCAUGCUACGACACACAGCUUUCAGCAUCACCUUUGUCCUUUGUAUUUCUUGCGUUCUGGGGAAAGCAAUAGUGGUUUUGUUGGCCUUCAAAGCAAAACUUCCAGGCAAUAAUGUUAAUCAAUGGUUUGGGCCUCCACAGCAAAGGAUUAGCAUUCUCAGUUUUACCCUCAUACAGGUUUUUAUUUGUACACGUUGGUUUACAAAAAAUCCUCCUUUUCCCCAUAUGAACAUGGAUUACUAUAAGGACAGAAUCAUUCUAGAGUGUGCGCUUGGUUCUACUGCUGGCUUCUGGGCUGUUCUGGGUUAUAUCGGACUUCUUGCUGCCCUGUGUUUUAUAUUUGCUUUUCUGGCUAGAAAGCUGCCAGGCAGAUUUAAUGAGGCCAGACUGAUCACAUUCAGCAUGUUGAUAUUCUGUGCAGUGUGGAUUACCUUCAUCCCAGCAUAUGUGAACUCUCCAGGAAAGUUUACAGUGGUUGUUGAAAUAUUUGCUAUUCUGGCCUCCAGUUUUGGUUUGUUGCUUUGCAUUUAUGCUCCAAAAUGUUAUAUUAUAUUACUAAAGCCAAAACAAAACAUAAAAAAACACUUUUUGGGAAAAGUACCACCAAGAACACUUUAAUUUGUAAUUC